GUUAGGUACGGGGUGGAUCCAGCCGAAAGUUAGGGGUGCGUCGGGACGCGUGGGUCGGACGGUGUGCGUCGAUUAGAGGUCUUCGUUUCGACCGCGAGGAAUUUUAUCGACAUACCGAUCGAACGGGAGAUCGAAGAGGAUCCUAGCGAGAGUGCCAUGAGAAGCAAAAGUGCUGCGACGGGCGUCCUGCAAACGUUUCGAAGCGAAAGGACGACAAAAACAAAGGAGAAUAACGAGGAACUAAAGGAGAGCGUGGAGUAUUCGUGAAAUGGAGAAGCUCGAGUUCUGACCUAAGACAAACGGAAGUGGCUCAAAUUCUUUCAACGAUGAAUCGAGAAAACGAGGAACAGCGACCAGUUUCCCAAACGCUUUGCGGGGCUUUGCAAAAAGAACCAAAUUGCAAAUGUUUGGUGUUGUCCGUGUUAAUAUACGGAUGCCUUGCCGCAGUGACGUGGUGUAGAUGCGCGAAUGUCACCAAGGUGGUGAUCAAUUAUUCGAGGUAUCCGAUCAAAAGUACCAGACACGUGUCACCCUGCGACGAUGGGUACAUUUAUAUUCCCGUGGCGUUUAUGGGAAUGUUAUACCUGGUUUACCUCGUGGAAUGUUACCAUUCGCCGAUCAGGAUCGAUCUAUUGCACGCGGAGAGCCAAGACAGCGUCCUAUCGAAGCUGUCGCAAUUAAAAUCGGCUCAGCCCACGAUCUGGUGGAAAGCUGUCUCUUACCAUUACGUUCGCAGGAAACGACAAAUUACGCGGUACAGAAACGGAGACAAUUACACUACGACGCAGGUAUACUACGAGAGAAUCAACACGCACGCAGCAACGUCAUUUUAUUAUUACGAUUACUGCGGCGUGAAGGAUAUCAGCAAAGAUUUAAUUCUCGACCCAAAAGUGCCAAUUACAAAGAUUAAUCUUAGUAAAGGGUUCGCUUUCUCGAACAUGAGAUCAGCGACCGAAUUCGAGGAAGCCAGAUCGAGAUUCUUUGCCGAACAAGAGCUGAGAGACGAUUAUAUGGAAAUGAGAGAGGGACUGGAUCUGGGAUACAAUUUAAAUCCUACAACCCUAGUAGCUGUUCUUGGUAAUCCUUGGUUCACCAAUCGCUACGUGUACUGGUGUCUGAGUGCUCUGCUGCUUAGCUGGCCUUUGAGGGUUAUUAUAGAGUACAAAACCCAGUAUGCGGAUUAUCAGAUCACCAAACUGUUCGGGAUUAAUUACGACACCCCAAGCGGAAGCGAGCCGAUACAUGCGUCCAUGAGCCAGCAGACCAUCAACCAACCCGGCUCUUACAUGUUGGCACCCAGUUACAGCGAAGCUCUUCUCAUGGAUCCAGCUCCCGACCACCGCCCCCAGGACCCGGCCAUUACGGAAAUGGUACCCAGUUACUCCGAAGCCUUACUCUAUCAACGAGCCGAACAAGGUUGCAUCAACCAGGAACCGAACAACGACAACCCGCACCAUUCACAAGAAUCUCGCGAAUGCACCUGUCCUUGCCACAUCGAUGUCUCCGCGAACGAAGACACCAGACAAGACGACUCUGGACAGUCGAAUGCCAGAGAACCACUGAUACAAACUACCAUCGAAAUGCACCCAGUCUGUACCUAUGUCACCCAAACGGAAGGCAGAUGCGGAAGCUGCGGAAAAUUCCUAGUCGAGGCACAAAUGGAAAACUCGGAGAUCUCCAGAAACGCACAAAUAGAACCUGGAACUUCGGGGACUCAGAAUAUUAGAAGGGAGAAGAGCAACGUUAUGCCCAGGGACAUGUCUGAACCUAACCUCAGGUUCCGAUCGGAGCUGAUGGAAACCGACACCAAGUUUCUUCGACUGAACGGGCAGAGUUUGAGAAAUAUUCUGGAGAGCGAACACGAAGAGGAAGUUAACGAGGAGGAGAGGGUACGAACGAAUUGGAAUGCGGAUAAUGGACAACCGAGAGGAGAGAGGUUCAGAUUUUCUCUCUGUUCUCUGGACGAAACUAGCACCCAGUCUGGGCCAGCUGUGGACGCCAGCAGAGGAGCGAUACCGAAGAGGUCAGCGGGUCGAAGCAGGGUCAUAGCUAACCCCAUGUCGAACGAGACCUCUCCCCUACCCGACUCCAAAACUUACUUCUGUCUGAAGUCGAUUUUGAAGCAGAACAAUAGACGUUACACGUUGAUCACGGCUAGAGAGCUUCAGAGUCUGUCUGAUCAAGAAGACGAGGAGGUAGAAAGACGUCGUAGGGUACGAGCUAGCUAUCACGAAGGCUGCGUCCCUGUGUGCGCAACCAAUGGGGAGGGCAGGUUUAAUUUCUUUUCAAGAUCGAGGGAAAGUUUGGACGGAGCUGUUGGGAAGAGAAAGAAGCCUGAUAGCUUGGAGUAUGAUAAGGCUGAAGAUGGGAAAUCGCUGCGGGAAAACACUAGAACCUUAAUCUUCGCGAGCCCGAUUCAAGAGGUGUGUCCAGGGGACCCAUUUGGCGGGAAAGACGUGGUUCAAACCCGACAGGAAGUGGCUUCUAGCCCCACAGAGGAGACACCCGGCCACACAGUCCUCGGCCAACUGGGACGGUCCCUAACUUGCGACCGGAAGUCCCGUCGUCGAAUGCAAGAUGCUCGUAGACAACGCUACUCGGACUCUUCUCAUCCUUCCUCUUUCUCCUGUCCCCCGGAUCGUCAACAUCCUUACCCGUACGCGUUUUCAGCGUCCACGAACUCUAUGGACGCCAUAGAGUUCGGUAAGAACGAGACGUCGGCUCGCGUUUACCAUCACGCGACAUCUUUCCCGCCGUACGAGGGUUGCAACGAGAAGAUCGAUCAAACAUCCGACAGUGUUUCGACAGAAAAUUCGAAAGAACUGACCCGUUCUCUGACGGAGAGACGAGCGAAACCUGUACGUCCCGACGCUAAUUUUCGCAGGAGUUUCACGGGCAGGGUCGAAGAUUACAGAACGGAGAAUAACAAGUGGACGAAUUUGAACAUGGAGACGUCGUUAUAACGAAGGAAUAUUUAAGCCAAUAGAAAAUAACUGUAAAUAUCCGUCCUACUUUUCACGGUUCAAGAUCCUGUAAAUACGAGUGGCACGAGCUAGUAGUCCGCUGAAUGUGUCCGUCUUAAUACUAUUCGCUGGAGGUUUUAGGGAGAUUGCCAGAUGAUUCUUUGGUCAAUAUGUACAAAAUGGACUCGGUAUAUGCUGAGUGAGUUGAUACAUAAGCAGAAGAAGAGUUUAGGACUUCCUAAAAUUUCUGAGGAAUGGUAAUGGUUCAAAGCAGUGUUGGGCUUUGAUGAGUAGAGAUCUUUUAAUUUGAAACUUUGAAAAU